AGGUGGGGGCAGCAUUUCUGUAAAGUAAUAAGAGAUUUAGGAGAACAUGUAGAGUAUUAUACCUGCCAGAGAGGGCACAAGCUGGUGGAUGUAGACCGUUGGAGUGAAUUUCGUGGUAUGUGUAUUACAUCCCAAUAUAAAUGUUUUUUAAAAGUUCCUUUACAGAUAAGAAGUUGGUGACCACAGAUCUGUCCCAUUCUAUAACCAAGAUUGCUUUCCCUGUCUCAACCUGCAGAGCCGAAGGAUGGGAAGAAACAGCUCACACCUGGCUAACGUGAAUAAAGACUUUCCCAGGCUGGUGCGCUCUCCAUUUCAUGGUCACCAUUUUGGCUCCUCCUGCUGCCUCACUGGCUUCUUCCUCCCAGUGAAAGAGCUGGCUCUUCCUUCCUCGCCGUUUUGUCUGCCUGCGUCCAUGCCACCCAGCUCACACCUCCUUGGGCGGCAAUGCUCUUUUCCUGCCUGCAGGAUGCAGGGUUUUCCCUCAGUUCACAUGUGGAAGAUUUUGGCAUUUGUAGCUAUUAUUGGUGUUGUUGUUGUUAUUCCAGUGGUCAUUACAGUAUGCAUUCCAAAAAAAACAUCAGAACAUCCCCAAGUGACAAAAUGUUCCGGAAAAUGGAUUGGAGUAGGAGAUAAGUGUUUCUAUUUUUCUGGAGAUACUAAGAAUUGGACAGCCAGUAAAAUAUUUUGCAGUUCCCAGGGAUCAGAACUUGUUCAAAUUGAUACACCUGGAGAUAUGGAUUUUUUGAAGAAGCACACGGGAACAUCUAUGCACUGGAUUGGGUUGAGCAGAAAACAAGGAGAGCCUUGGGAAUGGACAAAUGGCACCACAUUCAAUGCUUGGUUUGAAAUUGAUGGGAAUGGAUUAUUUGCUUUUCUGAAUGGUGAUGGAGUUUACAGUUCAAGGGGAUUUGUUGAUAUCAAGUGGAUUUGCAGCAAACCUAGAUUUUAAUAGAGAAAAAAACUGAGAAAUGACUACCACCGUUUGAGAAUAGACUAGCCCUGGCUGGAUAGCUCAGUUGAUUGCAGCAUUUUCCUGUACACCAAAAGGUGGUGGGUUCCUGCUCAGGACAGAUACCUAGGUUUUAGGUUAGAUCCCAGGUGGGAGCACAUUCAGGAGGAAACAGAAUGAUGUUUCCCUCUCCUCUCUCCUCUCUCUCUCUCUCAAAUCAAUAAACAGAUCCUCAGGUGAGCAUACAAAAAAUAAAGUGAAAGACUAAAGUUAUUUUUCACUUCUGAGGCUGUGAAAGUAUGGCCGGAUAGGAAGAAGUUAGGGAAAACUCCCAACAAGUAGAAUGAGGAAGCUGGAGGGGCAUCAUAGGAGGAUAAGCCUCUCAGUCAUCUCAUCAAAGCCCCCACCUGCAGGCAUGAUUAAAGGGAAACAGUUCAUGUCAGGAAACACUCCUGAGGUGGUCACAGAAAUCAAAGCUACAACCGAGAUGAAGGAAACAUUGAGCAGAGAAGAAGAUAAAGGGGGGAUAAAUGGUAAUGGAAGAAAGUUUGCCUUGGGAUGGUAGUCACAAUAUAAUACAGGUGAUGUACUGUAGAAUUGUAUUCCUGAAUCCUGUAUAAUUUUAUUAACCAAUAUCUGUAGCUGGACAAGUGGUAGCUGGACAAGUGGAAUGAAAAGUUAACUAGAAGAGGACAUUCUGCCAGGAAAAGGCGGGAGCCUGCAAGCAGGCCACGUCAGAACAAAGUCUUGCAAGCAAGACUUAUUGUUCAGAGGCAGAACUUUACUUGACAUGAUAAAUAGUCCAUGAGGGCAUGGAAAGC